AUGACUAGAACACGAAGCGCUGCCGCUCGGCUAACCACCCUUCAAAAGGCAAUCCGGGAGACCGAGGCGCACUUGAAGGAGGCCAAGCACGCUCUCGCCGAAGCCACCUCUUCGACCGAGCUCUUCUCGUCCUCCUCGUCCGAUGGGCUCUCCGAAACGUCAUCCAUCGAAUCUGUGGAAACUUCACGAGGCGGCGGCGAAAAACUGGUCGACAAGAUGAAGAUCUGGAAAAAGACCCCCGCCGCCAAGAACACUCGCCGAUCCGGCACCGAAGAGGAGCAGGCGCCCCCGCCUGGUACCUCACGAACCGUCCCCGUUGAGGCACCGGAGCCGGUGUAUCAAAAGGACUUCAAGGGGGAGCCCACCACUGAGCUGAUCGUUCGGAUGCUCACCCAGGACCUCUGCGCCCGCGACAAGGAAAUCAUCAAGCGUCGCGCCUGGGAGAUCGAGGACACCUACAACCGUCGCUUCAACAACCUCUGGCGCGAUCUCGUCGAGUCCAAGGUCAAAUUUAUGUUUUUGACCAAGAACGGUCGCGCUUUCAGUUUCAAGGGGGAUGGAUGGAAGGACAACUAA